AUGCAUGCCAAGAUCGCCAUCAGAGACGAGAGGGUGGCCACAUCGGACACACGUCGUGAACAUGUGAAACAUUUCAUUGCCACGUUGGACGAUCGCGAUCUGGCCAAGCAGCUGACCCUACUACGAUUGGCCGACAUCGAGGAGCUGGAUGAGACGUUACGUGCAUGCCAAAGGAUGGAGAGUCGUCAGUUGAAGACGUCGACAGGAUCGAACAAGGUCUACCAGCGAGCGAAUGGCUCCCCAAAUCCUACGCCAUCCAAGACUUCUCGGGCGGUGAGGGCAAUCCGUGAGCGGAUCGAAAGUAGCGGAUCGGAAUCGGACUCGAUGGGAUCGGAUGAAGACAAGAAUCGCCGCCGAGUUUGUGUGACCACUACAUCUGGUCAAGAGAGAUCGUAA